UUAGUCACGUAUUUUAUAUCGUUAUAUGUAACUUCCAUAGGCUGCAGUGACCACAGAACGUGAUAGGCAUCAAAUCUUUGGCUGAUUGAAAUCGGCCAUAUAUCACCCUAUUAUGGUCGAGAUAAGCGAAGCGUCAGAGGCUGACUUACAGCAACUUGAGUCUGUAUCGAACAUUCAUGAUGAAGAUGACAUUGAAGAUGAAACCAUAGCAGAACGGUUGUGGGCGUUAACAGAAAUGUUUCCAGAUUCUGUGCGCAACACAUCUUGGAAGGCAGCAACUUCAUCUGUAUCAGGUGCAAAGAAGUUGUAUAAGUUUUCACGCUCUGCAUUAUGGGUUGCUGGGACGUCUUUUGUAAUCCUCGCCAUGCCUGUUCUCUUUGAAAUUGAGCGAGUGCAAACAGAAGAAGCAGCCUUGAUGCAACAAAGACAGAUUCUUUUGGGACCUGGUAGUAGUCAAUCGACUGGUGCCCCACCAUUAAAUUUACAACCACAAAGAAGGUAACUGUCAAUCUACAAGAUGUAAUGCUACAUCAGAUCUUGCUACUGUAUGGUAUCCGUUGAGAUAUAUUGUUGUAUUGGGACAUGUUUAACUUGUUUAACAAAAAUAACUUUUUGUUCAUAUUUUAUUAUAAAUAUAUUUUUUAUAAAUA